CGUCAACUCGACUCGAUAAGCUUCAACUACAUAAAACUCCCUCUCCUCUCUCUAGGUCUUGAAUUUCAACUCCGAUCCGACCCCUCUUUUUAGUCUCUCCGUGUUUAUCUUCUACAUCCAUAUAUGUGUUCGAAUACGAUUACAGACCUACGAUUUUCAGAUAAAAAGAUUAGGGUUUUAGCUAUAUGAGGUUUGGGUGGCUAGUGAUUACUAACCUUGGAACAGAGGAGAUAGCUAUGAAUUUAUAUUUCAACAUUGACUGACCAGAAUGCCAGGCAUACCUUUAGUGGCUCGUGAAACCACUUCAUGGAACAGGAAUUCUCUUUGCAAUUGCAGCUACUCUAGAGGUGCAGAUCAGAUGUGCCGCCCAGAUUCUCGUUUGCAUUUAUCUCCAGAAGAGGAAAUUGCAGCUGAGGAGAGCCUUUCAAUAUACUGCAAGCCUGUUGAACUUUACAAUAUUCUUCAACGUCGUGCUGUUAGAAAUCCAUCAUUUCUUCAAAGAUGCUUGCGGUACAAAAUACAAGCAAAACACAAAAAGAGGAUUCAAAUGACAAUUUCCUUGUCAGGGAUGCCACAUGAUGGAUUGCAAACUCACAGGCUUUUUCCUCUGUACAUAUUGUUGGCAAGACCAGAUUCUAACUUUGCAGUUGGAGAGUACUCUGCAGUUUUUCGCUUUAGUCGGGCAUGUAUCUUGACCACUUUUACUGGUGUUGAGGGGAUGAAUCGAGCUCAGGCAAAUUUUAUUCUUCCCGAGAUUAACAAGCUAGCAGCGGAGGUCAAAUCUGGCUCUCUUGCUCUUUUGUUUGUCAGCUGUGCUGAAGUCACAAAUUCUGUGUGCGCUAUUGAUCCAACACAGAACCAUAAGGACAUGACAUCUUUUCCAUCAAAUGUUGAAGGAUACUGCUUACUGGGCAAGAUACCAAUGGAAUUACUCUAUUUGUCAUGGGAGAAGUCUCCAAACUUGAGUUUAGGGGAGAGAGCGGAGAUGAUGUCGACUGUUGACAUGCACUCUUGUUUCAUGAAGUUGAGUUGUAUGGAUGAAGACAAAUCUGUUGCAUUUCAGAUGCCUUCUGGAGCUGUGAAUACGCCACAGCAUGUGGAAGUCCUCAUUUCUGCAGAAGAGGUCGGGGCAAAGGAAAAAUCUCUGUAUAAUUCAUACUCAAAUAAUGACAUUCCUACUUCACUGUCUCAUAUUAUGCGGUUGAGAACUGGCAAUGUCAUUUUCAACUACAGGUACUAUAAUAAUAAGUUGCAGAGGACUGAAGUGACAGAAGACUUCUCCUGUCCAUUCUGCUUGUUAAAGUGUGCAAGCUUUAAGGGCCUCAGAUAUCAUUUAUCCUCAUCACAUGACCUGUUCAAUUUUGAGUUUUGGGUCACUGAUGAGUAUCAAGCUGUAAAUGUAUCUGUGAAAACUGAUAUAUGGAGACCUGAGAUUGUUGCGGAUGGUGUUGAUCCUAAGCAACAAACAAUUUUCUUUUGUUCAAAGCCACUGAGACGCAAAAAACUACGAAGCCUACUUCAAAUUGCAAAGCAUGUGCAUCCACUUCUCUUGGAUUCUGACUUUCCUGUGGCAGUCAAUGAGCUUCGGGGAAAGGCUGACGGUACGUGUGCUUUUCUUGUGCCAUAUCUUCAGUUCGACGGUAUUGCGGAGUGUGCGGAACGUGAUACAUCUAGCCCUAAUGCCACUGGGGUUUCAACUGCUUCAGCUCAGUCAUUUGCAGAUCCUGAAUGUGUCCAAUCUGUAUCUGGAAGCCACCUUGCACCUCCUACCAUGCUACAAUUUGCAAAGACAAGAAAGUUAUCCAUUGAACGUUCUGACCCAAGAAAUCGCGCCCUUCUGCAGAAGCGACAGUUCUUUCACUCACAUAGAGCACAGCCAAUGGAAUUAGAGCAAGCCUUGUCAGAUCGGGACAGUGAGGACGAAGUUGAUGAUGAUGUUGCAGAUUUUGAAGAUAGAAGGAUGCUUGAUGAUUUUGUUGAUGUCACCAAAGAUGAGAAGCAAAUGAUGCAUCUCUGGAACUCAUUUGUGAGGAAGCAACGGGUGCUGGCUGAUGGUCAUGUUUCUUGGGCAUGCGAGGCAUUUUCGAAGUUUCAUGGUCAGGACCUUGUUCGUGCACCACCACUGCUUUGGUGUUGGAAAUUAUUUAUGAUCAAACUGUGGAAUCACGGUCUCCUUGAUGCACGGACAAUGAACAAUUGUAAUAUGAUACUUGAACAAUGCCAAAACCUUGCUGAUCCUAUGAGAAGCUAAAUGUGCCUGGAUAUAUAUAUAUUUGUUUGUUGCCAGAAAAGGCCGUUGAUUUUGAGAAGAUGAGCUCCCUCACUGAUUUACUGAUCUGGGUAUUGUUACAUUUGUAAGCAUAAUUUGUUGUCACCCUAGUCAGGAGGUUCAACUUUUGCUGAUCCGGCUAGUAAAGUUCACCCUUGUUUAUUGUAAUAUUGCUACCCUAACCGUGCUUAGUUAAUUUUUUUAAAAAAAAAUCAUGUAUGAGAUUCAUUUGUAACAACCUUUGGUCCUAUAGAGAAGAGGAAACAAAAAGGCUUCUGUCUGUGUUUUCUUUUUAGGAGAUUAACUGCAAGUACUUUCAUACCUUUUUUCCCAUGUAUUUGGUGGUGGUUAUAAAUGAACUGCUCAACAGAAGGAACCAAAAAUUUGAAGCGCAAGUAUCAAGAAAUAAUGUCAACCAAACUGCCCUUGUUGGGUUGACAAUUUAUUAGCCCACACAACCUAGUGGGUUAGUUUUAAUA